AUGAGGGAACUAUGGGCGACGAGAAUCUCUAAAAUUUAUCGAGUACAGAACGCUCUGGACGAUCUGUACGAUCUCGAAAUCAAAUACAUUGACGAUCGACCACGUUCGGAUGAGGAUUCGUGGUUACCAGUCGCUGAUCUCGACGGUCACGUCUACUCGGCUUACCUCGAUACACGACCCGAAGUAAUAUCUCAAUAUUAUUCGCACGAAAGUAAUGCCACCGUUUGGGCAAUGGUGAGAAUAAUAGCUAUUUUACCGACAAGAAUACACGAGCCGAGUGUCCAAUGCACUUACAAAUACCGGAACAACAGUUGCGACGAUGAAAGUACGAGACGAGGAGCGACGUCGGUAAAACCGAUGAAGAAUAAUUGGUCGCUAAAGUACUCGGCUUUUUUUGUGCUUUGUGAUCUCGUCGUGCCGAGAAAUUUGAAUUUCGAUGACCUCACGAGCGUUGACCUGCUUCCCAUUUCCGUUGCAAUUGGACUCGAAGAUACGGAACAAUUGACAUUCGUCGAUAUACAUUACCCCACGAUGGGAUUGAGACAACUCGACGAACCAUUUUUUUUUAUGGCUGUAUGUGUACCCGUUCUCCAUCACUCGUUCAACCGACCUCUUGAUCUGGUAGAAUUCGUAGAAUACUAUCAGCAAUUAAGAGUGAAGCACUUUACAUUUUACAACGCCUCAAUAACCUCGGAAGUGUCACGUGUGCUGGAGUACUACGUGAAGAAUAAUUUGGCGACGGUGCUCAAGUGGCAGCUUCCUUCGCAGUACGUUUACGAAAGAACUUUGAGACACGAAGGCCUCUUCGCCAGCAUCAACGACUGCCUGUACAGGAAUACUUUCCACGAGAAUUUCGAGUACAUCGGAGUAUUUGGAAGUGACGAUUUUCUUGUGCCAAAAAAACACGAAAAUUUAGAGAAGCUCAUCGAGUUCCUCGACCCGUACCACAGCGAGGAUGGUCGAUACGCGUCUUUCGUCUUUAGGAAUAUUUUCUUCUACACCAUGUACGAGGAUGAUCGCUCCAAUCAGAGUCCCAGAACUCCAUAUUUAUAUACUCAGGCGAAAACUUGGGCCCUGAAAGAAGCCAACGAGGCAGGUGAUCGGAGUCGUUACGUUGUCCGGGGUCGUGAUGUCGUUGAGAUUGGAAAUAACCAAGUUGUCGAGCUGCGUCAGGGUUCUCGGAGUCACGAGAAACCGUUCGAAGAAAUUGUGGUCCCACCGGAAGUGGCACUUUCCCAUCAGUACGCACCCUGCGACGCUGAAGAGACCGGAUGCUAUCUGAAGCCGAUCACGAUCGACAGGACAGCACAGAGAUUGGUGAAAAAUCUAGGUGCCAAAGUUUCUUCGGUGUGCAAUGAUAUUUUUGGCAGUGCUGGAUGCCCAUUUGUGAAAAAGCAAACUGUCCUUUGAGAAUGUACGAUUCAGCAAAACCGGAAGUAACCCCCACCUUCGAAGGACCAUCGAGUUGUCAUUUUAAAACGAAUUCUCAAAUACUUCUUAUGGCAUAAUUCUGCUAUUCGUGCAGUUGAGAUUAUUCUCAUAAUUUUACUAAUCUAACAAAACUCGAUCGUUUCCAUCGAAUUUCGACUCUUUUCUGCAGACAAAAUACCUGCAUUAGAGCCCUGUCUCAGCAUCUUAAUUUUUCAUGGUGAGCACCGAAACGGAAACACGGAAACCAAUACUUGGAUGUGUGUUCGAAAUCAUAUUUUGUCAUUCCCCGACUACUUUUAUGAGGUUUUCCACUAAAAUACUGAUAAAGGAGCAUGAAAAGCGACUGAAGAUAGAGAAACAGUUGUACCUUCUAGAUUGAUAAAAAAACAAAAAAUUAUCAAGGUUUGUACAUGCAGGCAGAUGGAAACUUUUUUGUUGACAGAGUUCAAAAAAUGGGGAUUACUCUGCACAACGAAUUCUUUCCCAUAAUUUAUUUUUCGUCUGAAUAUAUUGUUGGCGAAAAUCCCUACCGAAACUAAUGGUUGUAUGAGAUUAUCCAGAAAUUUCAAAAAACUCAAAAUAUCUUGUAAUAUAGUGGUGGGUUGUGAUAUUUUGAAAAUCAAACGAUUGAAACGUCUACUGAUUUGAUAAGAAAUAUUUUUUUACAAAGACAUUUUACAUAUGGAGUGAAAGUUGGAGGAUUGCAAGUAUGAGAGUAGAAUUUGAAGGAAAUUAAAUGAGAAAAGAAAAUUGGGAAACUCAUGAAUUUUCGAGAGACAAGAUUUGCGUGUUGUAUCAAUAAAAAGUGUUUGUAGAAGCUGCGAGGAACUUUCUCAUCGGUUAUUAGAAAGGGGAAAGCCUUGUUUUUUCUCCCCGCACAUUCAUUAAUGUACGUGUGUUGAUGUCGAGAGAGAAAAAGGUUGCGAAUGUGUUGUAAUUGAAUUAUGCUAAUUCAUGAAAGUCGAGGAGUAUCGAUGUCUCAACAAAGUUUCAUCGUUUUCGUUUAGUCUUGCUUCAACUGAAACAAAGUUGUGCUUUUCCUCGUGGCCGAUUUUCAUCAAAUGUACGCUGAUACUUCAAAUUACUUUCACAUACGAUGAUGGCGUUAUUUAAAACGAGAGAUCUUUUUUCCAUGCAAAAGGAGGGAGAGAAAAAUGCUUUGGAACUUUUUAUCACACAUAACUGAUAUUCGAGUAUUUUUAAAAUCCUCAACUUUUCUAUGCGAUCUGAUGAAAUUAGGAUACGAAAUAUAAUAAUUGACGUUAAACUGGAAAUAUUUAAAGUUUGUAUGGUCGUAUUCGACAUAAGAUGUGUACGUAGCGUUUGACUAACUAUGGCAAUCACCCAAAGUUUGAAAGUAAGUCGAAAUCACGAGUCCAACGAAAAUCUUGCCAAUACUUGGCAGCAAAACGCUGCUGCGUGCCUGCAGUUAUAAAAUUUAUGAGGUUUUCUUCUGUGAGUGAAUUGUUGACUGAAAUAAAUCGAAAAAUUUCUAUUUAUUGA